GCCGUUGCAUUGGACAAAGUUGGGAGUUGCAUCACAGCAAAGAGUUGAGGUGUGGUCAUUUUGAGUUUGUUCUAUGAAGAACGUCUUAUUUCCUUUAGAUUUCAAGUCACAUUUCUUGACCUGCUCCCAGGCCAACAUCGUUCUCACUCUGUGCCUACCAGGAAGUAAAUAAUGGAGAACGCGGCUUUGUUGAUAGCGAUGUUAUUUCUCCUACCAAAGUUUGCCUUCUCGUAUCCGUCAGGUCCACCGGUUGCUAUUCAGCGUGUCUGCCGUGACAUGGAUCCCGUGGGUCACCGGCCGCGUACCGCUAGUGGACCGGCGCCUUAUACCAUCCAGAUUAGCCGGUAUAGAUACGGUCCAAAACAGCCCGUCCACGUGACAGUGAGGGCCGACGUAGGAGCCUCGUUUCAGGGAUUCUUCCUCCAGGCUCGUCGCCAGGCAACGGGAAGAGACACCACCGAGGCCCUUGGAGAGUUCACGUCCAUAUCCAGCGGCACCAGAUUCCUAACGUGCGUCAACCCCUCCAGUGCGUGGGGCCACAACAGCGCCACGCCAAAAACUUCAGUGACAGCUACGUGGACACCGCCCUCAACGGACCAGGGACCAAUCAUAUUCAGGGCGACGAUAGUCAAGGGACCAGCCAGUGAGUUCUGGACCAAUGUGGAAUCCCCAGCCAUGUUCUUUUCGUCUCGUUGGAGAGAGAACGUAGAAGUACAGACCACAUCUGCUCCCUGGGCAACCACGAAGCGACGAAUAUGUGUGGGCAAAUCAAACUCUUCCUAUUCGUUCAGACCCAGUGUGACAGUGACAACAGUGGUACUCGCCUUCACAGCAAUCCUACUCGCCACCCACGUGGGUUCGAUUUAGAACAUGCAUAGCGCCCUCUACGACAACCAGCACCAGCCUUUAAAGUAAAACUAAGUGUCGCAGUAGAAAACCGUUCUCUUGUUUUCCUUCACCGAAAGAGGCUCUGUUUCCAUAACCCAAGAAGUGUAUCCCACGGUGGAAGAGAAACAGAGGGACACGUUUUCACUAUUUCAGAAUGUUUUCGAGGAAAAAGAUUUUGACACCGCCGGCGAUUUAAAAACCUUGAUAUGCUAUUGUAAAAAUCAGUACAUUGCCAGGAUUACUUGACUCCGCAAUGGAAGCCCACACAUUUGUCCUAGUAGCACUUUUGCCGCACUGCGCCUUGGCUUACUCGUAUGGGGCACCUGUGCACCGGCACCCAAAUGUAUGCAUUAGAAUGUCCCCAGGGCGUCGCCACGGCAACAACACAGCUACUGGACCACCCCCCUACACCAUCGCAGUCAGCGAGAUGGCUUACACGCCGGGAAAAUCCUUUCAGGUGACCAUCCGUGCCGACCAGGGGGUCACAUUUUCCGGUUUCUUCAUUCAGGCGAGAAGCCAGGCUGACACAUCUCUGACAAGCGCCCUUGGGACUUUCAUGGACAUUCCACAUGAGACACACGUCCUUAACUGCUCAUCCACAGCGGGAGCCUGGUCGCACAGCAACGACAAGGACAGGACUGAGGUGACAGCAACUUGGAUGCCACCAUCAGAAAGCCAAGACACUAUCGCUUUCCAGGCAACCAUUGUACGUGGCCCAAAAAGCGUUUACUGGGAAGGAGUCAAAUCUCUGCCCUUGUGCUACAUGCCGAGUGCUGCUCCUGGUCCGGUUUUCAGUGGUGUCUUCCCGUUGACUUUCGCCAAUUUGCUGGCUUUGAUGGUGGGGCUACCGUAACCACGUAAACGCCCUCUCGUGACAUUCUCUGAGACUUGUCACGUUCAUGAUUUUGCAAAACAUAAAGUUAGGUCUAUGUCUUCUCCAGCUGCAUGUUUGCGGGCACAUGCUGACGACAGACCUAGCCAUAGCCGUAGCGUUAGUAUCUGUAAAGCGUUGAUAAAUGGUACAUUAUCUUCGUAUGAGUGCCAUACGGCGUGCUCAAUCAUGCUACUCCAAUUAAGCCUGAAGCUUAAUUGUAUUUGCAUAAAACUGGACUAAAAUGCGCUGGUUCCACUUUUCAAAAGGCAUCUUUGCCGUAUUUACAGCAAAAUGCCGAAUCGCUACAAUUUGAAAGUUAAAGAUAAGAUUGACACUUUGCUGUCAAGUGCAUAAACAUCCAAAGAAAAAGGAGUUACCAAGUGAUUUUUCCCUUUACUUCUUAUAUUACGGGUUUUGCCCUAGCCCAACGUAUACAUUUAUAAACACUGUCCAACAGCUUUCAAAAAAAUAUCACAAGCUCACUCUCGUGGGACUCGAACCUACGACAACCUGAUUACUAGUGCAGAAGUCUUAACCACCUGACCAACGAGCCUGCCUGGGACGGCCGGCUGGUCCAGAUGUACUUUGCGUUGGCGAGAUAUUGAUUAUACGUUGGGUAAGGGCAAAACCCGAAAUAACACUGUGAUGACUGAAGGAACUACUUCUGACUUCUGGGGUGGUAUUAAGUUUAUCCUUUGUUGAACUGCUUACUUCUAAUCAACAUGAAAUUAGCUGAAAUGCCCACAAACUCUUCGUAUGAAUAAACUGUUCAGGCAAAUUUCAGUGACAAAAUAAGAUGAUUAAAGAACAGUGUCUUUGCUUCAUUUGGGAUCGAA